UCCUAUCUGGUUGGUGACUGCCUCCUUUUAACACAGGCGAGCGGACGGAUUGCGCACUAUAUGAUUCAGCUCACAGAAAGCGUGUUGUACAAGCUUAGUAGCCUACUACAUGAACGGAGCGUUUCAACCGACUCCGUAGAACGGGCGAAAUAUAGAGGCCAUUAUCUGCGCUGGAACAGAGCAGAGGUUUGCAGCAAGAUGUUGGUUCGCCUGACGGAACCCACACUGGGCCGAGAACCCGCUGUCAGAACGGACCGCAGCUCGGCAUUCAGCAGGUGAAUGGCAAAGUGCGCGUUCACGUGUGACAGAUCAGGAUCAGCGCCUGUGCUCGCGGACCGCUGCGAGCAGUCUUAACGUGAUUACACCAAGAAGAUCCAAAGUAGUGCGUCACUGGACCAUGAAGCUGCAUCGUCUGUUGUCGAGCUGUUUCUGGAGAACCCUCAUCACGGUUAUUUUGUGCGAGAACACACCGCUCGUGAUGGUCAGAGGUUCCCAAACACUGACCCUCAGCAACAGCAGCUUCUCACUGCAGGAUGAGACCAUCACUCACUCUUCUCACAGUGUCACGAGUCACAGAGGAGACGUGAAGUCGCUGAUGAAGACAAGGCCGUUUGCAUUAGUGGAUGGAGUUCGAAGAAGCCUGAGUGAUGUUUUACUGAAUGGUCACCCUGAUAGACUGCAGUGUGGUUUACAGGUGGAAACCACCUUGUAUAUCCUUGACCUGAAGAAAAACCAGGAUCUUUUGCCAAAGCCACCGAAUGUCUUCUAUUACCUGCCAAAUGGAACCGGAGUGUCUAUGGAUCAAAACCCAGUGGUUCACUGUUACUAUCAUGGAUCAGUUCAAGGUUUUCCUCAGUCCCGUGUAGCUCUCAGCUCCUGCUCGGGGUUACGAGGAGUGAUCGUCAUUAACGCCACGCUGAGCUUUGAGCUGCAUCCCGAGGAAGAAAAGGGUGAUAGAGAUGAAGAGGGGAGUGGAGAAAUAGAAGAAGGGUGGAUGCAUGUCAUCUACCUGACCAACACACAAACAUCUGAGCCUGGAGGCUGUGGAGUUUCACACACCUCUAUUCCUCCCAUUCAGAUCAUUCCACAAACACACAGGAGUAAGAGAGACAUUCUCUCCGAGACCAAAUACAUUGAACUGGUGCUGGUUGCAGAUCAUAAAGAGUAUGUGAACUAUCAGAAGAAGAAUAAAACGAUCAUAUACCGUAUGCUGGAUGUGGCAAACCAAGUAGACUGGUUCUACCGGCCACUGAAUGUUCGUGUGGCCCUGAUGGGUUUGGAGAUCUGGAGUGACCAGGAUAAGAUCAAGGUGGAUAAAAGUCCCACUGACACUCUAAACCGCUUCCUGGAUUGGAGAACCAGAGAGCUGCUGCCACGACUACGCCAUGACAACGCACAACUGAUCAUGGGUGAGUCGUUUGACGGGACAACGGUCGGCAUGGCGUCUCAGUCCUCCAUGUGCUCGAGAGAUCGAUCUGGAGGUGUGAACGUGGAUCACCUGGUGAGUGUUUUAGGUGUGGCCUCCACGGUAGCGCACGAGCUGGGUCACAACCUAGGAAUGAGUCACGAUACGGCCGACAGACGCUGCCUUUGCCAGAACGAGCCACGGCUCGGGGGAUGCAUCAUGGAACCAUCCACCGGGUUCAUGCCCGGUCAGCUCUUCAGCAGCUGCAGCGAGCAAGAUCUUUCUCUCAGUCUGCUGCAUGGCGGCGGGAUGUGUCUGUUUAACAUCCCCCAGCCAGGGAGUCUUCUGGGAGGUCCACGUUGCGGGAAUCUGUACGUGGAGAAAGGAGAGGAGUGUGAUUGCGGCCUGCUGGAUGAAUGUAAUGAUCCCUGCUGCAAUGCUAGUACGUGUAAACUGGUUCCAGGCGCUCAGUGUUCAUCUGAUGGCAUCUGCUGUGAAAAUUGUAAGCUGCGUGUGGCAGGGUGGGUGUGUCGGGAGCCAUUGGGAGAGUGUGAUUUGCCGGAAUACUGCACAGGCGCCUCCCCCUACUGCCCGCCCAAUGUGUUUCUCCAAAACGGAGAGACGUGCAAAGACGGCUCCUCCUACUGCUACGGCGGUGUGUGUGCCAGUCUGGACGAGCAGUGCCAGAUGCUCUGGGGACCCAACUCCACCCACGCACCUCCUAUCUGCUUCUCCUCUGUAAAUAAACAGGGCAAUAAGUAUGGAAACUGCGGUCAGAUGGCCAACGGUUCUUACAUCGCCUGUGCGAAAGGGGAUGUCCACUGUGGUAGGAUCCAGUGUCAGGGUGGGAGUGAUCGCCCCCUGCUGGGCUCCAACGCUGAGAUUCUGACCACGAAGGUUAAACUAAACAUGAGUGACUUUACCUGUCGGGGGACCUAUUUGAAUCUGGGUGAUGAUGUGUCUGACCCGGCCAUGGUGUCUCAGGGGUCAGCUUGUGGGCACAACAAGGCAUGUGUGGACCAGCGAUGCCAGGACAUUUCCAUAUUUGGUGUUGAGGAAUGCCGCAGGAAGUGCAAUGGCCACGGGGUGUGUAACAGUAAUAAGAGCUGUCACUGUGAUCUGGGCUGGGCUCCUCCUGACUGCAGAUACUCUGGAACCGGAGGCAGCGUAGACAGCGGCCCCGCUCGAGCGCCCAGAGAUUCUGAUCCUGCACGCGUGGCUCUGCUAGUCAUCUUCCUGUUUGUGUUGCCAGUCGCACUGCUGUUUGUCGCACUCCGCUUCCCCCGCUGUCGUCGAAGCCUUGUGUAUCUCGGCCACACCCCCUUCAACAAGGCUCGCCAGAGCCGAACUCCUGCUAUGGAGCUAGCAAAUGCUCGAAAUGGAGAUCAAGUACAGCCGCUCAGAUACCAGUGGCCCCGCCAGAAUGACAUUCCUCUCACCCAGGCUAUUAACAAGAUUCAGCACAGGCCUGCUGCUCCAACUAAACCUCUUCCGCCUGAUCCUGUCUCUAAACCAGCUCAGUUGGCAGGGCACUGGCCUGCCCCUCCCACCAAGCCCCUCCCUCCUGACCCCGCCCCCUCAGAGAGCAAGAUGCAGUGCAAGAACCCUGUUCCUCCCAAACCUCCAGUUCCCAAGAAACCAUUGCCUAUGGAUCCCUCAUCUCACUCUCCUCCACUCGCUCUGGGACAUCCAGCAUCUGCAUCUUCAUCACCCUCUUACUCACAAAACCAUGCAUCCGCUGCUGCUCCCGCCAGACCUGCUCCCCAUCCGCCUCUACGGAGACCACAGCACCCUGGGAGACCCCUUGCUCCACCCCCAGUGUAGCCAAUAAGGGGGACCACUGGUCCGGUGUUGAUACGGCAUGGGCCAAAGGCGGAACGUUGCGUGAUGGAGACUUGCACAAACUUUGCACUGACCUUCAGAAAGGACUUGAUUCUACAACAAUCGAGGUGACACCUGAAGAGAGAGUCUUAUGCUGGAUCACUAGUAAAACUGAGAAUUUACUCUGAAGCUCAUUGCUCAUGAAGAGGACUUGCAGACUUCAGGUGAAAUAAGUAUUUUCAAGACUCGUUUAAGAGUGGACAUGCAUUCCAUUUAAAGUGUGAAUCAGACACUCAGCUCAACGCAUGGGCAUUGGAUGUAACCGAAUGAUGCCUUGAGAAAAGAAUCUUGAUGUCUCCUCUGAGAUGCUGUAUGCAUGCUCGAUUGCCUGCCUAUCGAUGAACAGAUCUUCAUUACAGAAUCUCUUUGGUGCCUAAAUACUCGUCCAUGAUGCUCUACACUUGCACCAAAACUGAGUUUUAGGACUCUAGAGCUGUGAAUGUUUGUGCGGAGGCUAGUAAAACAGCUCAUCUCAGUACAAACAUUAUCAAUCAUGGCCUCUGAAACGUCUGUGUCUUAUUUCAGUAUCGAGAUGAAAAUUGUGAAUAGAGAUGCUGCUGAUGGGACAAAGCUGAUUGGAGGAUGAACAUAUCACCUGUUCAAAGCACUGAGGAAGAAGCUGAAGAUAUUUAAGUGUAUUUUAAAUGAUGUACUAUUUUUAGGCAAUAAACAUGGGAUCUAUUUUUACAGUUUAACCUAUGGUGUGUGGCAAAAUUCCCUCUAAAUGUAAAUUCAUUUUCAGGUUCCAUUUCAUGUCCACAAACCCAUUAUACCUUACACUAUCUGCAACCAAUACAGUAAUAGUUUUGUAUUUUUAUACUAUUUAUUAAAACAAAACCACCAAACCUUCAUAAAAUAUAAUUGUUUUAAUGUUUUUCCAUUGCUUAAAUUUUCUAACUAUAGUAAAACAUAUUUUAUGUAUACUUUAUGUAUAGUCUACUCUUGUUGCUAGUCACCUUCCUAUCGACUCAUCUGUCAACAAAUCUU